AUGGAACAUACUCCAACACCUGCUACUAAUAACUACACUAGAAAACGAAGAAGGAACAGCGAUAUGUGGAAGAUAAAUGUGUUAAAAAAACAAAGGUAUGAACCAAAGAGUAUGCCGCAGAGAGUUUGCAAUCACAAUACACCAGCAUUUAAAUGUCAGACUAUAACUAUGGCACAAAUGACAAAAAUUCAUCAGGACUUUUAUUCCCAUACGAAUAAAAAAGAUCAAGAUGCUAUACUCCUAAAAUUAUGUAAAAUAAUGUCGGCUAAUCGUACCAGUAAAAAUCAUCACAAAUAUAAAGGGAAGAAACAAACUACCAUCAAAUAUGGUGUGAUUGUUAACAAGACGAGAAUACCUAUCUGUAAUAAUUUUUUUUUGCAUAUUUUUGGGAUUACCAAGCACAGAGUGGCAUUUGUCAUGAAAAAGUUUUAUUACACUGGGGAAGUUGGUACUGAGCAUCGUGGAGGAGACCGCAAAACAGCAAAGUUUGCUGAUCAAAAACGAUCUAUUCACAACUACAUUGCAACAUUGAAAUGUAUAGAAUCUCACUACUGUAGAAAAACGAAAACAGCUGAACGAAAAUAUCUACCAACUGAAUUAAAUUUGUCUAAAUUAUUCCAAAUGUACAAAGUAAGUGAACAUGUACAUCCCCUAGUGAAGUUGUCGUAUUUCCGCCAUGUUUUUAACACAUCGUAUAAUAUUGGUUUUGGAACACCAAAGACUGAUGUGUGUUCUACGUGCUUGGAACUUAAAGAAAAAAUUAAAAUUGAAAUAGACCCAAUUAAGAAAAAUUUAUUAAUGAUAAAAAAACAUGUUCAUAGUUUGCGAGCGAAAGCCUUUUAUGAAAAAUUAGGCAGUGCACCUGAAAAUGUGAAAGUGAUUUCAUUUGACUGUCAAAAAAACCUACCCCUUCCAAAAUUGCCUGACCAGUCAACAUAUUACAGUCGUCAACUAUAUUAUUAUAAUCUUACAAUGGUUGAGGGUACUUCCAAGAAUCCAUUGUCAAGGAACAAUGUUUUUGCUUACGUUUGUACCGAAAAUGAGUACAAUAAAGAUUCUAAUCUUAUAGCAUCUGCUGUGUAUCAUAGACUCACCGCAACCGACAAAACCGAUAUCACACAUAUUCGGUUGAUCGCUGACGGUUGCGGUGGUCAAAACAAAAACUGUAUAGUUUUGGGGGCUUGUUCUAAAUGGCUAUUGGAAAACCCUUGUAUUCAUACAAUUGAAUUGAUAUUUCCGGUGACUGGCCAUUCUUUUAUGCCUCCGGACCGACAGUUUGGUGUGAUUGAAAGAAAACUGAAAAAAAGGAGGUUAUCCUACAUCCAAAUGAGAUAA